AGUACCAGCUUGACUGUUAGCCUUUCUGUCUCAGGAGAACUACGCGAGUAAGUUCAUUUAGGGAAAGCGAAGAUAAAAAUCAGACAUGUUAACGCAAAAGCAGCGUCACAGGAGCGAUGGGAACAUUUCAGAGAGAGUCAGCGGUGACCGCCGGUGGUUUUGCGCUCCCGUGCGCCAAGAGACGGAUUCAUAGGACGCGCGGAGAACAUCACCAACUUCUGCGGCGCGUAACUUCAUAACGCCACCGGUCCGGACCUCUAUACUUGUUUUAAACUUUAUGUAUUGAAGGAAUAAUAGCACCAGAGGAACAAUGACAGUGACUUUCCCUGGCUUGUAAUUACGCUGUACCACUUUAGUGAGGCGUUUGGUUCUCGUUUCUAACGGAAUUUUGGUCAUAGUUAAAAGGAAACGGAUUUUUGGGGACCGCUACAACGCCAAUCUGCCGUCGAGCCAGUUACAUUAUCACAUGACUUUCCACAGGAUUAUGUUAUUUAUUCAACAACUUCUCAAACUAGACUAUUCAUAAUGUCGUGUUUGAACAAUACACUACUACACAGAAAGCCAAAGAUGAUCGCUGCACGGAUGGCGUUGCUGCAAGCGCUCCUCGUCGCGUCUCUCCACGGAGACUACAGAACUGCUGACAUACAGUAGGAUGGACUGUUCGAAUUGCGCAGCAUAUGAGGAAUGGAAGCAAGAAGCAGAAAACAGCUUAUAAUGUGCAUGUGUCUGUGUGAUGUGCCAGUGUUUGAUGACUGAGGAGACAGAUCUGUGAUGUGCGAGAGCAGGGGCGGAGGCAGCGAUCUCGUGCCCAGGUUCUCCUCAUCCUUGCCCACGUACCUCCCCGUGUCCUGCCAACUGCAGGGUGCAGAGUCAUCCUUCUUUCUCCGGGAGGCCACACAGGAAGUGAUGCGUAACGGGAGCUUGCAGACACGCAGCGAGCCUCUCUUUCUCCACUUGCCCGAAUCUGGCCCUGCUCCCCUCUUGUCGGUCAACUGUAGCUAUGGCAAUCUCACCGCAGAGGCGCCGGUACCACCAGAGCUCCUCCCGGGGGCGCUGCCACGUUCUUUCCACACCUCUACACACCUGACAGUGGGCUGGAAGGUGAGAGCGCACCUGGUGAGCAGGAGGAUAGGAGUCGAUCGGCCUCAAAUCCAGGUGUUGUUUUAUCUGGCGGGCCGCAGGUGGGAGGAUGCGGAUCCUCCAGCGGAACUGCUGCCGUGUAUCCGUGUCGUUGGGAUCCGCGAUCCGGGGGAAGGUUCUGUAUCGAGCGCCUGCCGACUGGAGGGAAACCUGGGGAUCUGUGUAGCCCAGCUUGGCAUUCCUACAACCUGGUUCAGCGUUCCUCCGCCACGUAGGCGCACGCAGGAGCCCAUUCCAGUCACGGUGGAGUUGCACUACUCCAUUCUCCCUCCAGAGGCCCUGGGAAAAGAGUGCGUGGCGGGUAGGGUGCAAGGAAAGGCUGCAGGGCAGGAAGGGGAUAUGCAGAGGAUUGGGACUGUGACUCUCUCCACUGGGGACAACAGAGCGCCCAGAAUCCGACUUAGACUGGACGGAGACGUCGAGAUACUGGCGCCCCCCAGCCCAGUUAAACAGGGACAGACGGUGGGAUUUCAAGUACUAAUGAAUUCUGCUGCCGCCACUGAGCAGUUCACACUGAGAGUCCAGUUUGGGGAAGGCAUUCAUUUCAUGGUGUUGAAACCCAGUAAUCUGGUAGCGUGGGAAAUCAAGCAAGAACUAGUGCCUGGCUCCUCCACCCUGUCCAUGUUCUGCCAAAGGAAGGCCAGCUCCACCAAUGGGAAACUUGAUGGUUCCUUCUAUGAGAUCAUGUGGGUGGACUUUGAGAUUGACAAUUUCAUCAACCUGCGGUCAUCGCAGUCCAUCCGCUGGCAGAUAGAGUAUCCCUCCACCGGAGCGUCUGCCGAAGUCAUCUCCACCAUCUUCAUCACCCAGAGAGACCUACAGGGUAUCGUACCCAUCGCUGAGGACACAGAGAUCCUGAACACAGCGAUUCUGACCGGACGGCGCGUUGCCAUCCCGGUCAAGGUUGUUACCGUGGAGCAGGACGGAACGGUGAGAGAGGUUGAUGACCCCGUGACCUGCAUCUCCACAGACGAGGACGUCCUCAAGGUGUCUCUUGGUUGUGAUGAGGUGUUGGUGAACGGGAAAGAGAAGAAUGGGCAUAUCUCUCUUCAAGUGAACUUUACCUACCUCUAUUUGACCAGCCAAUUAGAGCUCACUGUCUGGGUGCCACGGUUACCGCUCCAGAUUGACGUCUCUGAUGCUGAACUCAGCCAAGUCAAAGGAUGGAGGGUACCCAUCAUCACCAACAAGAGGCCAACAAGGGACAGCGAGGAUGAUGAGGAGGAUGAGAGAAAGGGCAGAGGCUGUGCCUUACAGUAUCAGUACGCUCUGGUGCGUGUUCUCACACACUUCGUAGCCGAGCCAGUUGGCCCUGGUGGGGAGUUUGUGCACAUGCUGGGUUCCGAUUGGUCAGCCGACAUCACAGAGAUGGUCCUGGACUUCCUGAAAGUGGAGGAUACAAGCAUUGCCCGACUAAUUGAUGGAAGGGUGCUGGUGGGGAGAGACCCGGGCAUCACCAAUAUACAGGUGAUAUCCCCCUUUUCGGACUCUAUUCUGGCUGAGAAGACCAUCACAGUGGUGGAUGAUAAAGUGACCAUCAGUGAUCUGGGAGUUCAGCUGGUGGGCUCUUUGAGUGUCUCACUGCAGGCCAGUUCCACCAACAACAGAGCCUUCUACAUCACAACCACUGCUCAAGACCUGUUGCACACACCCAAACAGGAUGCCAUUAUCAGUGCAUGGAUUCAGUACAGCGAUGGCUCUGUGACUCCUCUUGACAUCUAUGACCCUAAAGAUUUCACUGUAACCAUCACCUCACUGGAUGAGAACGUGGUUUCAACCUAUCAGGAUCAGUCCCAGCGCUGGCCUGUGGUAGUGGCAGAAGGUGAAGGGCAGGGAGCGCUACUGCGCGUGGAAAUGAUGAUCUCAGAAACCUGCCAGAAAUCCAAGAGAAAGAGCAUUUUGGCCAUGGGGAUAGGAAGCGUGCAGGUGAAGUUUGGACAGAACGACCUGGAGCAGAGGAGUGGAACUCAGGAGGAGAACAGUCUGGACAACAGCACAAACGAACAGAAACAUAAGCUUCUAGAAGCGGAUAAAACAAGUGGAGGAGAUAGCUGGAAAUACACAAACACCGCGGUGGAACGAGAAGAGUCUGUCCUAAAGAAGGUCAGUACGACUGCAAAGACUCCGCUAACCAGUCGAUCCGGGGGCAGCAAGCAGGGUGGGGGGCAAAACAACAACCCUGUGGACUAUACCAGUUUCCCAGCACAGGUGGACCUACCUGGCGGGGCGGACAGCGACUUGACUCAGGCUCCGAGAGGUCUGUCAGACCUGGAAAUAGGCAUGUAUGCCCUGCUUGGAGUCUUCUGCCUUGCUAUCCUCGUCUUCCUCAUCAACUGUGUCAGCUUUGCCUUCCGCUACCGCCACAAACAGCUCCCUGUUCUGGAGCAGGGCAACAUGAACCAUGCCCACGACUGGGUGUGGCUCGGUAACGAAGCGGACCUGAUGGACCAUCAUGGCGACCACGGGCCGCUGGCACACAACGAUGAGUGCACGACCGCGAUAGAUCGCAACGAAGGGUGCGAGGAGAGCAAGUACCUCCUCAACGGGAGCGGGGUUCAGAAAAGCGGGUUAUCACACGGACGUGGCAUUCCCCAUGUGCACUCCGAUCCACGGUCCUGUUCAGGAAACGACCCCAGUGGAAAAGUCGAACCCCUUAACAACUCUCCCAGCGCUGCCAAGCGCAAAAGGGUCAAGUUUACUUCCUUUGCCACCGUACUACCAGACGAAGGCGGGCCGUACACCAACUCCAUCCUUAUCGGGCAUGAAGAUGACAUCAAGUGGGUCUGUCAGGACAUGGACCUGGGACAGUCAGCCGAGCUCAGGAGCUACAUGGAGAGACUGCAAGACAAUCUGUAGGAGCCGGGAAGAGAACAAAAGAAAAGGAAAGCGAGAGGGCGGACACACAAAAACUCACCAGAAAUGCCUUUGCACUGUGGGGGGAAUGCAGGGAGACAGGGAGGGAGGAAUUAUUAAAGAAUCGAAAGUGGAUACAAGCAGGGAGCAGGAAGGAAUAAAAUCCUUUGGGAGUCUCGAGUUAAGUAGGAAAUUCACAAAAAGGGGAAACGGUUGAAGAGAGACUGGCACGUUCGUACUGGCUCCACCGAGCGGUCCAGGUGGCACAGAGUGAGCAGCUGCCAAUUGGCUAGCACAGGGACAGAACGCCAGUUACCGACACCCCAAAUAAACAAGCCCAAACAAGACCAGCGAGCGAGAGAGAGAAAGAAAGAAAGGAAACAAACUUGACAGCUGUACAGAAAAUCACAGUCCGUGGAAGUCGAUAAAUGGGAGUUGUUAUCGCUAAUGUAACUUGGUGUUUUGAUUUAUUUCGAUUCAGAUCAUUGGGACGUAUACAACAGAUCUUAUUUUUUGAGUUUUUUUUGUUUUUUAGAUUAGUAUGUAACUAGACCAAAACAGGCCCUCAAAGCACCCGGCCUGCCCCAGAUCGAGGUGUGUGUUUGUUUUUUACCGCUCAUUUUGUACUGUCUGUCCCUCCUGUGUGAAUUCCAAGAGAGCUGGGGUGCAAGGACGUGUGGGAUUCCCCCUGGCUGGAGUCUGUACCAGCUGUAUCUGCACACACACACACUGUUUAAGGAGUCGAAAGACACCAAAACACAACAGUCCUCCCUCUCCAUCUCUCCUCUGGGAGAAAAACACAAGACAUCAAUGAUGCAACAUGAGAAUAAAAAGACUCCUCAUGCACUGUUCAUUUGAUCAAGUGAAUGUGGAAAAAAAGGACUGAGGACUUCUAUCGAUUCCCAUCGGGGGGUUGUUCAUUUGCACAAUAAGAAUAAUACAGAAAGUGCAUAGAGUGGCCCUCAGCUGAUCUGAGACCGGCCGGUCUGACUGUCCUUACAGCAACUGGUCCAGACGUACAACCUGACAGAUACGAUGAUGAACAUUGGACGGACCAUGUAGAAAUACAAGCCCACAAAAUUGAGUUGUGUUUGUUAUAAAACCAUAUGAUUGCUGUGAUAGAAAAAUAUACAAGAGUAGAUAUGGUCUAUUACUCUCCAGUACGGUAAAUGUAUGAAUGUUUCUCUUUUUAUUGAGGUGAAAUGUACAUCGUUUACCCCCUUUUUACAUGGCCGGAGCACCUGCCCAUGGUUUUUACAUGUCCUAUAGGUUUUAAAGCAACUUUCUAUUUCUGCCUCACUAACCCCAGCAUUUCCCCGGCUCCUUGAAUCCUUGUUGUUUAUAUUACUGAAGAGUUGUAGGGAAGGACAGAUGUGGAAACCUUCUCUUUGAAAGCUCAGGUGAAAAUACGCUCACAGAUGAACAGUGGUAGAAUUCAAAUGUAGAUUGUAAGAAUGCAAUAUUUAUUUGUAAGUGUAAUAUGAGAUAGGAUGUAAAUAAAAUGAUUCAAAAUUUCUUGUGGACACUGCAAGAAGGCUGUUGCCUACAUUUUCACAAUCAACACACAGAGUCAUGAGGCCGUUUGAGUGUUUAAUAUUCUAUGUUCAAAUCUGAUUUCCCCCAGAGGAAUAAAAAGAUAGGCUUUAAUAUGUUAAGACAUGUCAUGGGUUCUGUCAUCAGAUUCCCUAUUUACACAGGGUUCAGUCUUUUCCUUUGAUAUAUUAAAUAUUAAGUUUGUUUCAAAGGUGUUUAAUUUAGUUAAAGCUACUUUUUUUUAUAUAUUUAUUUUUGCCGUUUUAGUUAAAGCUACAUUAGAAGUAGGGUAGAGCAGAUUUAAUUGUAAUUGGAAAGUAUUUAUAUAAAUGUAUAAGUGAAAAUGUCUUUAAGCAUUUUCCAAUUACAUUUUUGCCUUUUUAAAAUAUUUUUUAGAGUACAAUUAUUCCAUGUAGCAUCUUAGUUGCUAAAAAAAUAUGUAUUAAUUUUUAAUUUAUAAAAAAAAUAAUAAUAAUAAUAUUUAUAAUAUUAAUAUUUAAUUUAUUAAAAACGAAUCAAUUAUUUUUUUUAAUUCAGUUUUUAUAUUAAGUUUUGUCAGCUAUUUUGAUAGCAGGUAUAUGCGAGAACAGACUUUAAACUUUAAUAUUUUACCUUUUAACUUUAUGUGUGUCUGAUAAUAAAACUAUCCAUUGUUAUUAUUGUGAAUUUAUUAUUACAUUUAAACCUGCUCUCUCCUAUUGAAAUUGUUAUGAUUUGUCGUAAGCAAUGUAUGAAUGCAUUAAUAUGACUGAAAUGCUUAAAGAUUUUGACAGUCGUUUUAAAGGACAACAGCAGUUUGCAACAAGUAAAGGGGGCGAUUUUGAACUCUUUUCUUUUAUAAACAUACAUACCUCGUUUAGUCUGAGGUGGAGUGACAGGAUGUCUUGUUUUCCAGGUGCCCUUAUGGGAUUGGUUUGACUUUUACUGCUCGUUCUGGCCUUGACUCUUGGUACAGCAGAACGACUGUUUUCUUAUUAAGUUUCUUGGUUUAAGCACUAUCCAGUUUAUUGUCCGUUGUGACUGUAAAUUAUGGAGAAACCAUAUAAUAGAAUGUGAGAGAGAGAGAGAGAUGUUGAGCUCAUGUGUUUGCCAAGGCCAUCACUGACACCUCUUCAACCAGAAUAAUAUACUGGAUUGUAACAAUAACGCUCUUCGUUCACCAUCCACAUGAGGCCUUAGAUGCAGUGUCACAAUGUCUGAUGACUCAAGAUGGAGAAUAUGAACUCAUCUUUAUUCCAGUCAUUCGCUUACUGAUAUUCUGAUGUGUUUUUCAGAUAAUCUAUUCCUAAAUGCUCAUACUGUGCAGUUUCUCAUAAACCAUGUCGUAUCCUGCUAUAUGAUUCCAUGUUUUCAUAUAAACAUAUUCGUCUGAUAAAAUUGCUUCGUGUCCAUGUACACAAAUCUAUAUUUUCAUAUAAAUACGUUUUAGCACCUGAAGACGCCAUGAUUUUGUACAAAUAUACAGAUCGAAAAGCAGAAAGAAUAACGUAACACCUGCAAUGCUCUACGUUCUCAUUUUACAGAAGUACCGACAUCCGUUAACGUCCCUUUGCUGGUAUUUGUUCAGUAUGACCCUCAUUGUGUACAUGCUUUCUCAUUAAAGAUGUU